AUGGCCUGUGGUCUUAUAAAUCAAUGUAUUCGUUCUCUGUGGUUCUCUGUAGUGAUGAAUGGAGUUUCAAAAGGUUUUUUUCCAGCUGGGCGAGGUUUACGCCAAGGCGAUCCGAUCUCGCCAUAUCUCUUUAUUAUGGUGGAGGAGAUUCUUUAUCGCAUGAUUAAAAAAGCCUUUUUGGAUGGCAAGAUAUUGCCUUUCUAUCACCUUCGAGGUACGCCUAUUGUCUCUCAUCUCCUUUAUGCCGAUGACAUUGUGAUUUUUGCAAAUGGGAAUAAAGCAUCUAUGAAGUCCAUCUCUAAGAUUUUAGAGCUCUAUGAAGAUUGGUCGGGCCAAAUAGUGAGUAAAGCUAAAUCUUCUUUUAUUUUUUCCAAGAGGAUAUCUUUGCAUAGGAGAAGAUCUACUCUUAGUAUUACUGGUUUUGUUAAGGGUACUUUAUCGUUCGAGUAUCUUGGCAUUCCUAUUAUAUCUAGAAGACUUAAGGCUAUUCAUCUUGAUGAUCUGCUUAGAGUGAAGGACUGUAGAGUGGAGUCUGGGUGGGAUGUCUCUUUGAUUCAAAGAUUAAUUGGGGAGAGACAUUCGGUUGUUAUUCUCCGUACGCUUUGUAAUGCUAAAGUAGGGGAAGACAUUUUAGUGUGGACAGGUAAUUCUGAUGGUAAAUUUUCUACUCAUAAUGCAUGGGACAUUCUGAGAGUUCGAUCUCCCAAGGUGGGCAUUUACAUUGCCUCCAAGUGUGAUUGUUGUGUUAAUGGCGGCUAUGAAGAUCAAAACCAUGCUUUGGCAGGCGGGGAUUUUGUUCAAGAGAUAUGGAAGAAAGCCGUUGUGCUUGUUUGUUUGAAUUAUGUUCCUAGGCAAGAUUGGCAUAACACUAUUUCCAUGUGGUUCGGUACGUCCACAAUAUCUCAUGAUGAUGAGGUUAUUUUACAAAGCCUCAAUAUUCCUAUUAAACCACCGAAAACAAAAUCUAUGCACAUUGUCAAGUGGCUUCAACCUAUUCAAGAUCGUGUGAAGCUAAAUGUGGAUGGCAGUUCAUUAGGCAAUCUGGGCCGUUUGGGUGCUAGAAGGGUAAUAAGAGAUCAUAGUGGGAAGUUGAUUAGAUGUUUUGCAGAACAUAUUGGCAUCGGAUCAAGUAACUAUGCCGAAGGGAUGGGGCUCCUUUUGGAUUACGGACUGUGA